AUGCGCUUGACGGAGGACCCAGAUAGGUUAUCGUCGGAGUCACGGGAUUUGCAGAAAAUAGAGGAGAAUCUAGAAAAAGAAGUACUUGGGCUUUUUGAUCUGGUGGUGGUGGUGGAAGGUAGUGUUGAGGCGUUUGAGUUCGUCGUCUUUGGUGACAGAGCAGGGUCGCAAGGAGUCGCAAUCGGUGGUGGUGCUAGCAGUGGAGUCACGAGAGUCGGUGGUAGUGGUAUCGGAGGAGGGUGCGGACCAUGGAGAAGUGGAGGGGGAAGAGUUGGCCUUUGUAGAAGAGCUCGUCGCCGAGGCAAAGGUGGUGGUAGUGGUGGUGGUGGUGGUGGUGGUGGAGGAGGAGAUGGUGGUGAAAAGAUUGGUGGGGUAGGGUUUGGAAAAUUAGGAUAA